CAUCAUUUAAAAUUGACUAUCAUGGCUAGCUAUCAGCAAGCGAGAUGCAGCCCAGCACAACAACAUACUAGUAGCUAGUAGCGCCCUUAGCUAAUGGCAUCUCUUUAGAAUUUUUUUUUACAGAAGAUCAAUCGAGUUCUGUGGCUUCAUCCCGCGACCGCAAACUGUACAGUAGCCAUGCCGAGUAUCUUUAGACUUAGACAGCAGCAACAACAACAACAAAAUCAAAGAUGGCGUCUUGUCGUUCGAAUGCCCUCGUUCCCACAAUCAGCGGUACUUUUGCUGCUGCUCUUAUUGAUUCAGUCUCACCUGCUGGUCGUGGUGGACGGGAUUACACGUGAAGGAUGUCUCGAGAAUUACCUACCAGAACGCGUAGCUUGCUACGAUGAUUCGAACAUUUUCGGGGACGCUUGUCGAGAUUUGCCCAUUCCAUCGGAAGCGUUUCCGUCGCAGCAUUUGAACGAUCAAGGAUUCGCCUUGAUUCGUAUUCGCGACACGAUCACAACCCAAGCGUACGUCGUCACGGAGAAUACCGCAUUGGCGCUGAUCGUGUUGGAUAUCGCGAGUGAAACAGAAACAGAAGAAGAGACUGAGGAAGAACGCAGUCCCGGACCAGUCUUUACCGUGUCGGCGGGAGCCACGUUACACGACAAUGCAAGAGACGACCGCAAAGGCAAAGACGAUAACAAAAACGGAAAUCGCAAAAGGCGGAAACUCAAGGGGCACUCUGAUCAAAAUCACAAUAAUAAUCGGCUAUUGAAAGAAGAACGGAAAAAGAAAAAUUCCGAAACGGAGAGUCGGGAACCAAAAGAUGAUGUGGAUGUUCAGAGAGUUGUGGUGUCUAACGCUGCAGAACAGGAAGAAUCUCCAUUCGAGGAACUUGCUGUGUCACCCACUCAUGAGGCUAUUUAUACGGCUCCGCCUACCUUUGCUCCAACACCAUCACCUUCUGAACCCACUGAAACUCCUGGCAAAGGCAAACGGCCAACCCAACAGCGACGACCCAUCCACGUGGCAAUGAUCGACUUCCCCGAGGCAUUUCUAAGAAGAGAUCCAAGCACUGGUAAAACUGUCAACAAUAUUAUGUUGCCAGCGUUGGAAGAAAUCUUGACCGAACACAAUUUCUCCAAACAGGAUAUUGAACAAGCCUUGAUGAUAUACACCCAUGGCCACACAGACCACACCGGUGGCGCCAAUUUUACGCUGCAAGUUCUGCGAGACGAUUGGAAGGUUCCUGAAGUACACAUUCUGGCAUCCGAAGCUGUAGUGGAAACGUAUGAAACCUUGAUCGAGCGAGGUUUGUGGACGUUUCGGGCACCCAUCCCAACGGUACCGGUGCCAACGUACGACUUGACACCCGAAGUGUUCACCGUUUCACUGGGACAAUCCACACAAAUACAGCUGCAUCCAACCAAUGGACAUACAAGCGCUGGUCAGCAGGACUUUAUUGUUUACAUGGAAGCUCUCCCAGCGAGCCGCAGCAGCUCAAAUACUAAUAAUGGUGGGCAAGCAGCGCAACCACCGAUCCUCAUGUACGUGGAUGCAAUCUUUCCACAGUGGGCACCCCCCUUUCGAUUCGGGACGGAUGAUUUGUUGAGUUACAUUCUCCUUCAUGACAAGCUCCUGGAGUUUGACAUGGAGGGCUUUGAUGAUGAUGAUGAUGAUGGUGAUGAUGAUGGAGAGGAGGGUGUCUUUAUUGGCGGACACGUCAACCAAGUCGGAACUCGGCAAGAUAUUUUGCUGAGUCAAGAGCUGCUGGAAGUCGUGCUGGACGCUGCCUCGGACGCUCUCAUGGCAGUUGACAUUAAUCCUAUCGCUGUUGACAUUGGAUUCUUUGAUCCGAACUCGAUUGGCUUUAGUAAUCGAUGGGCACUCUUUCGAGACUACAAGACUGUGGUGCUCCGGCAUUGUGCCAAGAGCGUUGUGCAGCAAAUGGGCUGUCAGUUGGCUGGACUCGAUGUUGUCGCGGAAUCGCUCUGCGAUAUUGGACAGCUCUUUUGGGGGAUUGUGGCAUAGAGCAGGCAAGCAAAAACACGCACAUCUCUGGGGCAUGGUUGGACGAUUGGAUGUCUCCGAAAGGUUCUGUUACGGUGCAUCAAGCCGGCCGUGGCCUUCUUCUGUGGCUCGAGUUGGUCAGGUCAGGAGAAGAGAUUGCCUGAUCUCAUUCCCCAUGGAUUUGCAAUGAAGAAGGCCGACCAGGCCACAGCAGUUUCCCCCAAGCGGCCAACGUUUUAAAGCGGGCAGAGCAGUUCGCACCGGUCAACCAACCAACUCAUUCAACCAACAAUUCGAAAUGGCGAAUCCAGUGCCAUGUAAGCGAAGGGUAGAAUAGUCAGCGCCAAGCCUCCGAUGAUCUGAGUCACGUUAGGUUGGAAAACCUUGAGAGAGGCUUUCGAAGGCUUCAAGCUACCUGUAGCAGAGCAUCGUACCGGUGCAACCGGUGCACUAUGAAAAUUGCAGAAAAGAGAUGGCGACAUGCAGCCGCUUAAUUACGGGCAACACUCGGUCGGCUGCAACCUUGAGCCUUUGAUUCCUCACUAAAGGAGAGCCACCGUGCUGAUCUUCAGUUCAGUUCAGAGCAAUGUGAAGUCGACUUCGUGCUCAAAUGGAGUUUUUUUGGCAACAUCUUGCAGGCCUACCACUCGUUCUUUCCGUCUCAGGCGUUACUACUAUAGCCAGAUAGACAUCAUUUGCAUUCCUGGUAGCUGUUUUUCAAUGCAUGGUAGCUGUCUCUGUUUAGUAGCUUCUGGAAUACAUACCACUUUGGU